UUCGCCCACUCCCAGGCUCCCGAGACAGUCACACACUCAGCCUCUGUGACACUCAGUGGUCAAGCUGGGGGGAGGGGGGGUGCACAGGCUGGGGACACACUGGAAUAUUCACAGACCCUGUAGCAGCAGAAGCACCAGAAGAGUAGCCCACCCCAUAAGGGACCCCUCAGGAAUGAAGCAGCCUUUCAGGCCCAGAGGGGCUGCAGCCUCCCCUCUUCUCCUUAAAUAGCCAGCCUUCCACUCACAGCUGCAAAGAGCCCACUGCCAGCACCACCAGUAUCACCACCACGCUCAGACUCCUGCCCCUUCUGCUGGACCAGCUGCAAGAGAAAAGAUCCUAUCCUUGGCUGUGGAACACCCCUGCAUGGAAAAACAGACCUGCUGGCCCGUGGCCCAAGCACAAGGCUAAGUCCAGGUCUCCACCUGCUAGGACAUCUGAAACGGAGCUGUGGGCUGAGUACAGAAAGCUCCCAGGAGGUAUUGGGACUCCAGUGAAGGUGGACAGAACAGGCCCGCCCACAGCUCUGCUCCGGCCACAGCAUGAAUGGGCUGGAGGUGGCCUCCCUAAGUCUGACCAACAAUUCCUCCCUGGCCACCGCUGAGCGAUGUGGGCAGGAGACACCACUGGAGAACAUGCUGUUUGCCUGCUUCUACCUCCUGGACUUCAUCCUGGCUUUCGCGGGCAAUGCCCUGGCCUUGUGGCUUUUUAUCCGGGACCACAAGUCAGGCACCCCAGCCAACGUGUUCCUGAUGCACCUGGCAGUGGCCGACCUAUCCUGUGUGCUGGUCCUGCCCACCCGCCUUGUCUACCACUUCUCUGGGAACCACUGGCCAUUUGGGGAGAUCCCAUGCAGACUCACUGGCUUCCUCUUCUACCUCAACAUGUAUGCCAGCAUCUAUUUCCUCACCUGCAUCAGUGCUGACCGCUUCCUGGCCAUUGUGCACCCAGUCAAGUCCCUCAAGCUGCGCAGGCCCCUCUAUGCCCACCUGGCCUGUGCCUUCCUGUGGGUGGUGGUGGCCGUGGCCAUGGCCCCACUGCUGGUCAGCCCACAGACAGUGCAGACCAACCACACGGUGGUCUGCCUGCAGCUGUACCGGGAGAAGGCCUCCCACAAUGCCCUCACAUCCCUGGCUGUGGCCUUCACCUUCCCAUUUGUCACCACAGUCACCUGCUACCUGCUGAUCAUUCGCAGCCUGCGGCAGGGUCCCCGUGUGGAGAAGCGCCUCAAAAGCAAAGCUGUGCGCAUGAUUGCCAUUGUGCUGGCCAUCUUCCUGAUCUGCUUCGUGCCCUACCAUGUGCACCGCUCUGUCUAUGUGCUACACUAUGGUGGCAGCAAGACCUCCUGCACCGCUCAGCGCGUCCUGGCCCUGGGCAACCGAAUCACCUCUUGCCUUACCAGCCUAAAUGGGGCCCUGGACCCUGUCAUGUACUUCUUCGUGGCUGAGAAGUUCCGCCACACCCUGUGCAACUUGCUCUGUGGGAAAAGGCUCACGGGCCCACCUGCCAGCUUUGAGGGGAAAACUGAGAGCUCCCUGAGUGCCAGGUCAGAGCUGUGAGUCACAAGGCACUGCCCCUGGAUGACAACCUGGAGGCAUGUGCCACCCAACCGGGCAAGAGAAAUCCACCAUCUCCCAUCCGCCUCUGGCAAACAACCUGAAAUCCCAGCAGGUCCCCACUCCUCCCUCCAAGGUCUGAACACCAAGAUCACCCAGCCCCAAGGUCAGUCUUAACCACAAGCAAACCCCUAGAAAGGGAGAACUAAUGAUGGAGGCUGAAUAGCCACUCCUCUUAAGGGACCAUUUCUGGCCCUGCUAAACAAAUCACCCAGACACUAGGGGACUUUACCCUAGUAAGAGGGGUCAGGGUUCCUUUUUGCCCACCAGGCUCAAAGCCUCCUACCCACUACAGUGAAGCCCUCCAGAAAGACACAAGGCUGCAUGGGGCCCAGGAGAAGUAGCAUGGACCGCGAUGGAGUGGAAGGGGGAAAGGUAUCCAAAUAUUUCCUUUCAACUGCAAGGUUUCUUGAGGUGACCUUUCUUUGCCAGAUGACCUUUCUGAGUUUAGGGGACAUAAACUAAAUUAUAGUCAAAUGCUGUCAAUGCAUCUCAGACUGUUUACUGUGUGACACCAAGUAAGCCUGGUCCAGCUCAGCUCUGGGUUCCUGAUCCGCUUGCUGUAAAUCCAUGCAGACUCGGCUAUAGCCUGACAAUCCUGAGCUCCUUGGCAGGAGAAAGUGGCCUCACCAAGUACAUGGCGUGGUGGACAGUCAGUCACCAGGAGCCCACCUCAGGCAGGGAGCUGGUGUGGGAACCUCUCUCUCCCGCUAACCCAGGCCUGGCCCCACUCCCUCCCAAGAGGCCAGCAGCCUCAGCCAGCCUUGCUUUGCGCUUUCACUUGAUAGCAUGUUUGUACCAUCCUAACAUGUCCUUUGUGUACUUGUUAGUGCUGAUCAUAAAUACAAUUGUAGCUUUAAGAUGAAGAAGAUACUUAUUUGCUCAAUGUGAUGCCCUCCCCAGAACUUUCUUCUCUUUGACCUGAGAAUGGCAAACUGGCCACAGGUAUCAGAGGCAGAAGCAGCACCAUAGCUCCCUUGCCGUGGUUCCGGGGGCCCUGAGGGGUCCCUGCCCCACACAGACUCUGAAGUCCCACAUGGUGGAGUUCUAUGUGCCAGCCAGGGCCAGGAGGGUCCUAAUAAUGGCUCAGUACUUGGGACUCCAGCUGCUGCCCUCCCAUCAUUACAGCAGCUCUGUUUUUCUCCCACAUUUUACUUUCCAGAGCACUUUAGCCUCCUCUGAUUUUCCCAACCAGCCAGGUAGUGGCCCUGAGCAAGCCCUGAUUCAGGAAACCCACAGGACUCGCUCCGAACACACCCAGUCUUCGACCCUGCUGAUCAGCACUGGGCCCAGCCCUCUGGCCCCCACAGUCCUUCACCAAGACAACCUGCUGGAUGCCAGACACUGUGCCGGCCAUGUGCAGAAAGACAUGAUCACUGUGGGCCACAUCAGGACGGGACAAUGGAGGGACCGUGCUAGAGAAGCAAGUGUCCAGAGAGGGUGGGCAAUCAGAUGGACAGCUAGGGUGUCUCUGGAAGGUGGUCUUGCCUGUUCUGACACAGGGAUACAGGUGGAGAAGCAGACCUGGUGAUCAGCAGAAGCUCAGUGUGGGACCUGUUGCAUCUGAACAUCUGGGGACCCCAAGUGGAGAUGGCACAUGGGAACUGAGAGAGGAGGGAGAGGUCUGGGGUCUGCACUGACCAAAGACACUAUUCAGAGGCCUGAGACCUGGUCAUCACCAGCAGACAAGAGAGGUUGAGCCCCAAACAACCUGCCAGGGAGAAGAGAGGCAUGUACAUCGUGAGGCUGGAGGAAACCACAGGAUCACAGGAUUCAAACAGGGAGAGGAGCUGUGUCCACUAGGAGGAGGUGUGCUGUAGGGGAGGACCUGGCAGUGUCCCCAGGGGCCAUGAAGCAGGGGGGGGCAUGGAGACACCAGAGGAGCUGGCAGGUGUGCAGGGAGGGCCGCUGAGCAAGCAGCUGCCAAGCAGGACACCACUACAGCUGAAUCCCCAGUCAUGCUGUGGCGGGGUACCAGGCUGCAGAGGGAAAGGCAGGGAUGAGAACUCACCGACCAGGUUCGUGGACCUGGAUUUAGAGUAAAAUCGGGCAACAUUCAGCUGUGUGGGUGCAGGUAAGGAAAGGGGAGACCUGGGCCCAACACAGUGGGGGGGCCCAGGGGGAGUUAGCUCACCUCGAGGCCUGUAAUCCACCCACUACCAUCUCCCAGCUACUCUUCCUGCACCUGUGUUCUUGCUGUCCAGAGUGGGCUCCACCUCACGCUCACCCUCUCACACCUCAGCUGCGCCGUGAACUGGGGGUUUACUCUCUUCUUGCAAGGAGGAAGAAGGGCAGCACCCAGGUCAAGAGGGUGCCUGGGGCUCACACAAGGCACCUGCGUCUCCGGCCCUCCGCUCUGCCCAGGCCUCGCCCUCCUCACCUGCCUGCAUUCUUCACAAAGCCCAGGUCAGCCAGCUCUACAUCACACAGCUCACAGCGGAAGCACCCUGGGUGCCAGUUGGUGUUCAUAGCCUUGAUGACACGGCCAAUGAUGAACUCACCUGGAAAAGAAGAGUCCCUGCUUGCCAGGCAGGGCACAGGAAUCCCGAGUCCUGACCACCCGCACCUUCCGCCCGAGUCUAGCCUGGUCUGAGGCACCCCACCUACAGCAUAGGCACGGGGCACCUGAUGGGCCCUGCAGCGUGGUCCUCAGAGGGUUGAGCCCCCAAGCUGGGCCAGUCCUGUGUUGCCCACGACCCCCUCCCACUUUCCAGCAGCACAGAAGUUACCAUCACCAGCCCUUACCACAGGAUCCGCAGCACGGAGCAAACAGCAUCUGGAAGUCAUGUUCACAGUACUUCCGGCCCUCAAACUGCAAAGGGGCAGAGACAGAAAAUAAGCACAGCAUCCAGCAUUCCAAGGAGACCCCUGGGCCUCUGUCAGGUCAGGGGCCGAUAGCAAGUGACAGAGGAGAGUUUUCCAGACCAAGGCUGAGCGGGCAACUGGCCCAUGCCACAUGUGGGUGCAGCAUGAGAGCCCUCAGUGGGAGUCUCAGGAACCCCAAGGCCAGCUCUCAGAGGGCUGGGGCUGGGCACUAAGAAUCUCACCCUGGGGGUCCUAAGAGCCUGGGGUGUGGCUUCAGCUAGGGAGGAAUGAGGGCAACUUUGCCUGGUUUCCUGUGUCCUUUCUGUGUGAGAAGUUCAGCUCCCUGAGAGGUCACAAAAGACUCAAGGAGGGAAGAGAAAAGGGAGGGGACACAGGAAAGGGUGCAAGGGAGAACAACCAAGUCCUGCAGCCAGGGGAGCCACUGUGGACAUAGCUGGUAGCCACUGUCUGACAGCGAGGGGCACUUGCCGGCCCCAGGCAUGACGGCCAAAGCCUGCCUCUGCCUCCUUCUCCAUUGACAAUGUUUUUCACUUUCAAAAACUUGGUUUUCCUGUUUUCUAGAAUGAGUGUCUCAUUAGACUGCAGCUGCUGAGGCGGUGGGGGUUUAUCUCCUGAGCACCUCCGGUGUGCCAGGCUUUGUUCCGGCGCUUGUCUCCUCGGAGUUCUGCCCAUCCCUCCCGCCACCUCCCCUAUGGGCCAACAUUUCCAGAAGACUGCAAGUCCCCACUGUGCCAGUGGGUCAUACACCCCACAUCCAACUACCAAUAUGAGCUCCACCCCAAAAUGCACGCAGCGCCCAGCCCUGGCCCCACUUUUCCAGCAGCUGCCAACUUGGGCUGGGAGACGUGCAGCAGCUGGCUCGCCAUAGGGCAGCGGGGGAGUCUGGUGUGUGCCCACUGCUGUGGUGUAAAUAUCACCCUGGCCAACUUCAAGAGGCCACUGGCGUGGAGCUGCGAGAUGUGCAAUCCCCACAGCACAGGUACAGUGGACAGAAAUAACCUCAGAAGCAUAGAUGAUAGAGAAAUAUAAUAUAACCAGGAGGUAGGGAAUUUUAAGUAUUUCUUACCUUUGUUUUAAUAAAAUGUUAUUUCGCCAAGCA